AAGUGAAAAGGGCCAUUCGAAAUUGCUGCAGGAUGAGGAUGUGAGGACAAAGAUUGCACCUGAGCGAAAACAAACGCUGUUUGACGAAGGCUAGCUGUCUAAUAAAACGAGUGUCUGCCCUCUCUUAUAUUUGUCAAACAAAUGAUGACGCGAAACUUACCGUAUCUCAUUCAUCGAGAGGGUUUUCCCCCGAGCUCGCUAUGUUUUAUAGACAAUAUGAGGAACCCAGCAGUGUCUGUGUCGUAGCAGGGACAAUGCUCAGGCCUGUCAGAACCGGCUUUUACAGAUUUUCUCCGUCACAUCAAUGACUAUGGAUGUCAGAGCAGUUCUGGAGUUUGCCACAGUUACCAGGGGGCUGUCGCUGUUUUUGCAGGCUGUCUUCAAUGCUAUCAUCCCUGACCAUGAUGCUGAUGCGUUCAAGCCCCCACGGACAGAGGAGCCUCUGUACUUGGACUCUGCAGUGGAGUGGCUAUUGGGUGGCCUCUCUCACUGGGAUGCCGAGCACUUCCUUUUCAUAGCUGAGAGAGGAUACCUCUUUGAGCACAACUUUGCUUUCUUCCCGCUCUUCCCCGUGGUCCUCCGAGGGCUGGCGGAGACGCUGCUGUGGCCCCUGAGCAGCUGGCUGAGCGUGCGGGGGCGUCUGCUGGUGGCUGUGGCUCUGGGGAACACUGCCCUCUUCCUGUUGAGUGUGGUCGCCUUGUAUGCUCUCAGCAGGCUGGUUCUCCAGGACAGGCGUCUCGCUCUGCUCUCCAGCCUGCUCUACUGCAUCACACCUGCCAAUGUUUUCAUGACUGCUGGAUACUCAGAGAGCCUGUUUGCUGCACUCACAUUCGGUGGUCUGUUCCUCCUGGAGAAAGGAUUCACCUUCAGGGCCUGCCUGGCUCUCAGCAUAGCCACUGCAGCGCGAUCUAACGGACUUGUUAACAUAGGAUUUCUGCUGUAUCUUCCAUCACUGCACGCUAUUUCCCAGAUUCGUGUAUAUCGCACAACAACAAAAGGCCACAGCAAAGUCUUCCGAUACAUCUGGGCUGUCAUCCGUCUCCUGCUCACCUCCCUCUUGGGAACUGCAAUUAUUGCCCUCCCCUUCUGUGCGUUCCAGUACUAUGGGUAUAGGACGUUUUGCACACCAUCUGUCUCCUUGGAGCGGAUCCCUCCUGCUCUCCUGUCGCUGGCUGAACUACGGGGCUACCGUGUUCCAGAUGAAAAUGGUCCACCGCCCCUCUGGUGCAUGAGACCUCUCCCCCUGCUUUAUUCUCACAUCCAGGAUGUUUACUGGGAUGUGGGCUUCCUUCGCUACUUUGAGCUGAAGCAGAUGCCAAACUUCAUUCUGGCUCUACCGAUGGCCACCCUCGGCAUAAUGGCAGCUUAUGCAUAUUUUCAAGCUAAUCCAGAACUGUGCCUGAGACUUGGACUUUGGGAGACGGGUGCAAAUAAAGGACUUGACAAACCGAUACCGGGGAUGUUCAACCCCAGAGUGUUUGUUUACGUUGUCCAUUCAACAGUCCUUCUGGUGUUUGGAACAUUGUGUAUGCAUGUGCAGGUUCUAACCAGAUUCAUGGCCUCCUCGUCUCCUGUGCCCUUCUGGAUAAGUGCUCACCUGCUCCUCCUCAAUGAACCACUUCUCCAUCGCAGGAAGACCUCAAACCCCAAUGUACAGCUACAGAGCCAUUCCAGAAAUGGAUGCAAGCACACACCUCAAAACCCCAUCAUUGCACUGCUGCCACACUUUAAAACCUGUUCUCCUACCACGCAGAGCAUUCUGGGAUACUUCCUGUCUUACUGGGUGCUGGGCCUGGCUCUACACUGUAACUCCUUGCCAUGGACAUGACUUAAGACUAUUUACUGAGCUUUAAAGGCAGUAUUUCUACGAAGGACUGGGCAAUAUAUGUUUAUUUUAAAUCAUCAAGGACACACAGCUGUUUUUGCAGUACAUCAUCCAUAUUGCAUUUUUGCUAUUACUUCAGUAAUUGUUAAAUAAUAGAUUAAAUAAUUUAUAAUUAUUUUUUGCCCAGUCCUCCAUAUAACUUACAUAGUACAUUUUUUAUGCAAUAGCCAACUAAUUUGAUUUGAACAUCUCCAUUAAAUGUGUUUGGAACAGUUUGAGAACAAACUCAAAUGUACAAUACUUUUGAAACUUUAUUGAAUGCUGUUUAGUUGUAAAUAUUGGGAAGAUUAGGGUUGUACUUGGGGAAAAAAAACUUUUCUUGCUAAAGUUUUGCUGAAGCAAAACAUUUUUAUUUACUCUUUAAUUUAAUAUUGCACUGCAUGUUUUGGGAUUUUGGGAUGUGAAUGAAAAAAAACAAGGUUUUGUUGCUGUAAAACGAUCCUCAAUUAAGAUCAUUCCUUUUUCUUGAGGCAUUAAUGUAAAACUGCUAUUGUGUUUUGUUGGAACAUUAAACAUUGGCUGCCAAAGUUGCAUUGGCAAGUUCA